UUCAUUUUGAAGUAUAAGAACUGAACCUAUUUUACGGUUUUCCUUUUUUUUUCAAUCACUUUCUCGUGAGCAGAACUACUCUGCAGAAAGAACUCAAACACUCCCAUGUCCAAAGUCCCAGGCGGCGGCCAGGCCAGAGUCAUUCACAGGACGGACACUGGUACAAAACUACGAGUCUAAUUUCACUGGCGAUUUGCAGUCACCACGAGCGGUGUUCAAUAUCGACCGAAUGGAAGCACUCAUGUCUCAAACUUUCUCAGUUGGAAAGGAUGAAUUGUUUGAACGAUCGUAUGUAUUCGUAGAAGGCUCUCUUACCACCAUAAAGUUGAGUAAUAGUCACCACCCUACUUGGAAAUCUUUAAAGCAUGGAGAAAGAUUGUGGCCUUCUCGUAAAACUAGGUAACUAUGGGUUUAAAUUUGUUCAUUUGUUUGUUUGAUGCUUCAUGGUUUGGGACAUCAUAGUUGUGCUUGGUUUGUCCAUUUGUCCACCCAUUCAGUUGCCCAGCCUGUUUUGGGGUGAGACGUGUUAGGUCAGUGUCUCACAUUAGAAGUUUACUGAGUUGAAGAGUAAUCCGUAGUAUAUCAUUGUGAGGUAAACAUCACAUCUAGUAGAUUAUUUUGUAGCGACUUAGGCACAAUUUAAUAAUUGGUAUCGUUGUUAUUUUGAACUGUUACGUGAAUUGGUUUGUGCACUAUAGCAAUCAACUGCAACAGUAUGUUUUGGACAGUCCAUGGACCAGACGACGUGAUACAAGUGUAGUAUUUGCUCUGGAUAUGGGCAGAGUGCCUAGUAAUGGUGACAGCCGUGGUUUAGGUGGAACUCGUUUAGGAAGGAUAGUGGGUGCAGGAGGUCAACAGCUUCUGGCAAAACUUAAUUCGGCUAGGAAAAAUUUUCCAGUGAAGAUAUUUCUGCUUCUCCUGGGUUUCUACACAGCAAAUGCAUUGGCGACAAUCCUAGGACAAACAGGGGAUUGGGAUGUAUUGGUAGCAGCAAUUGUUGUUGCUGUGAUUGAGGGGAUCGGAAUGCUAAUGUACAGAAAACCUUCGUCUUCUCUUCUUACUGGGAGACUGCAAUCUCUGGUAGGGAUGGUUAACUAUUGGAAAGCAGGUGUUUGCUUGGGCCUUUUUGUAGAUGCUUUCAAGUUAGGCAGUUGAUUCAUUCCCCUGUGACAUUUUCUUUUUGUAAAUGAGCCCUUUAAUCAUUGUUUGUAGCCCUAAUCUCUCUCUCUCUCUCUCUCUUGUUUGCCUUUCACCAGCUGAGCUAGUAUAGAGGAAAGCUUCAAACCUCUUACCUCUUUUAAGGGUAAACAAAAGAAUACUAAUUUGAAUUAAAUUCAC